UAGAGGUAGGAGUGAGGUGAAACGUGAAGAAGUGAAAGUGAAGUGCGCCGUAAAAGCUUUAUUCUGCGCAUGCGUCGUUGUGGUUCUCUUGACCAAAAUCCAUUUCGCGUCGUCCUGCCCACUUGGGUGUCUUUCUUUUGGGAUCCUUUUUUACCUUAAACCUUCUCCACCUGACCAAACAAGCAACGAUCUUUACCCGACGACAGACGAUAAAUAUCGCCUGAUCUUAGCCAAUAUCCGUGAUGAAAGCUGGGAUCGCCUCACAUUACCCCUCGGAUUCUGGAAGGACAAUCCUCAGUGUAUUGGUGGUAUGGAUCUUAUGGAGGGACGAGAAGGUGGAACAUGGCUAGCUGUGAACCGGAAUGGUAAAUUAUCUUGUUUACUAAACAUUUACUGUGAGGAACCAGACCCUUCCAAGAAGCAUCGUGGUCAACUUGUGUCCGACUAUUUGAACAAUGACCAAUAUACUGCUGUGUCUUACACGAACACUUUAGCUUCUCUCCGCACGGAUUUCUCACCUUUUACUAUUGUCUUAAUGGAUCUCAGUUCUAACGAAGUCUAUUGUCUGUCUAACACUGAAGAUAACAGCGAACCACAGUUAUUAGAACCAGAUAUUAUGACCAGGAAUACACCCAGAAAUUUCCAUCCUUCAAGUCAACCAUUCCUUAUAUCUAUUUCCAAAAUGAAGAGGAACGAAGAGGAUCAAGGACCCAUACUGUGCUACUGGUUGAUGGAGACGGCAAAAUAGACAUCACCGAAAGAACGCUAGAGACUCCGAUCAAGGCUGGGGAAUACAGAUGGCAGGCUUCCAGUUUCUCUUACAGCCUUGCUUUAUAGCAAUGACUUCCACAGCAGCAACACCAACAAUAAUAGUUAAGGUUUUGCAGACACAAGCACAGCGAGACAAUUUAUAGAUAAAGAACAGAAUAAUAAUAAUAAUAAUAAUGGUUGUCUCUGGUUUAGACAUAAGGAAGCCAGCAAUUUUGAAAAGGGGUAGAGGUUGGUUGUUUGCAUGGCCCUCUCCUUGGCAUGGUUUUUUUUUUCUACAGCUGGAUGCCCUUCCUAAUGCCAACCACUUUACAGAGUGGUCUGGGUGAUUUUUUUCUUAUAUAGCACCACCACCACCACCACUACCAUCUUCAUUUUCUACCCACCCCCAACUUUCCUACGACCCCUUAUAUUGCCAUUAAGCCUUGUCAACUAUCUUCACCUCUGGGUUGGUUAAAUCUGUUAUUCGCAUGAAGAAAACUUCCAUCACAUUUGGCUAUGUAGCCUGUCUGAGUGACACACAGACAACAUUAUGGUUUUUCCUAGUUAUGUAUAUAUAUAUAUCUUAUCUCUGUAUAUAAUAAUAGCUGAUAUAAUAUUUGUUGGUUGGUUGCUUGCUCUAGUCACAACUUACAUUGUAUAGAGAGAGGGGGAGAGAUACAGAGAGGGUUAACAUAAGAGGUGUCAGAUAAGUGCACACUCUAGGCUUGGUGACAGGCAAUGAGUAAAAGAACAUUCCUCUCCCACUACACACACACACAGUGAAAAAGAAUCGCAGAGGAGGAGUCAAUGAAAUUUGUAUUAUGUAAUUUUAUUUUAAAAGUAAUAAAUAUUUUUCGUUUUGAAAA